AUGGGGGCAAGCAUACAAGGGCACACUAUGUACUCCAUUUGUAGGAAACUGAAACUACUGGAGAUUCAUACUAUGGGAAUACAAAGAAAAUAUUCAUCAGUGGAGGUGAAACUCAAACAAAUAAAGGAGGACCUAAAGGUUAUACAACAGAAGCUGAAUAAUGAUCAUUUGAAUCCACAACUAAUAGAGCAAGAGAAGAAGUUUCUGAUACUGAUUGAGAAAUGGGAUGAUGUACUUGAAAAGGUCUUAAGGCAGAAGUCAAGGGCUAUCUUGAUUAAGCAUGGGGACUCUAAUACUAAAUAUUUUCAUGCAAAAUUGAAGGCUAGACAGUCAGGGACGGCCAUUGUUUAUAUUGGCACAGCAGCAGCAAAUGCUAGUGCCUGUAACAAAAGAGGAGAUUACAAGGGUGGUGCAAGAUUACCAAGUGAUAAAGCUCCAGGAAUAUAUGGUUAUCUAGCUGAAUUUUUCAAAGAAAACUGGCAAGUAAUUGGUGAAGAUGUCAUACAGACAGUAACGCAGUUCUUUGAAACAAGGAAGCUACUAAGAGAGAUCAACUGUACCAUUGUCACUCUCAUACCUAAGGUGGCAAAUCCAAACUAUGUAAAAAAAUUCAGACCUAUUGCAUGUUAA